CACACGGGCCCCGGGGCGGCCCUGCUGCGGCCGCUGCUCCCUCGGCGGCCGGCGCCAUGCCGGAGCUGCCGGACCUCAGCCACUUCACCGAGGAGGAGAGGAAAAUCAUCCUCGGUGUCAUGGAGCGACAGAAGAAGGAGGAAGCCAAGGAGCAGUCCAUGUUAAAGAAGUUACACCAGCAGUUUGAAUCGUACAAGAACCAAGUUAAGAAGAUGGGGGAGGAGACUAAGCCGGCUCAGGACCAGAAGAUCGAUGCCCCAACGUGUGGAAUAUGCCACAAAACCAAGUUUGCCGACGGCUGUGGUCACCUCUGUUCAUAUUGCCAAACAAAAUUUUGUGCUAGGUGUGGAGGACGAGUGUCUCUUCGCUCAAAUAAGGUAAUUAAGCACGUUAUGUGGGUAUGCAACUUGUGCCGAAAACAACAAGAAAUCCUCACCAAAUCCGGAGAGUGGUUCUACAGCUCGGGGCCAGGUCAGAUGCAUGGGGUGUUUGAAGGUGGACCACAGGGAAAAAAGGCCAAACUGCAGGACCAGUCCUUAUACCCCUACCAGGGAGCCUCAGGGGACUUGACACCAGCCUCAGGCAGAAGCAGACCUCAUGGUGGGCUUCUGCCCAGACAGGCAUCCCUUGACAAUGGUACAGGGCUAAGGUAUCCUGGGCCUGGUGAUGCACCUAUAGACAGGAAACAAAGUCCAUCAGCAUCCAGGGAUCCAAACCAAAAAUACGACCAAAGGGAGGGGGGCGACCACCCACAGUAUGCCCCGACAGACGGCAGCAUGCCCAGAUCACCGUCCGACUAUGGGGAUGGGGACCCUCGGCGGGCUCCGCGGGGCCCACAUUUAUUCCCAGAUGGGGAUGCAAUACAGAUGGGCUAUCAGGACCAUCGGGGUCCGAGCCGCUGGCACUCCCAAGAAUACCCACUUGACCAACAGCUAGAUGGACCACAAAGUGAGUUUGACCUCCAGCGUCAGCGCCAGGAGGAGUUUCAGGCACGGUACCGCAGCGAUCCCAACCUGGCACGCUAUCCCGUCAAGCCCCAGCCCUACGAGGAGCAAAUGAGGAUGCACGCUGAAGUGGGGCGGCUGAGGCAUGAGCGUCGCCACAGUGAUGUCUCCCUGGCUUACACAGAGCAGGACGAUCCUGGUCCAAUUAGGCUGUCCCGUCAGCACCUCACAGAGCGCCGGCCGCCUAUGAUGGAGCAACGUUCAUACUCAGUUGACCGGUCCUCCCCAGGGCCCAUGGGUCCUGGCCUCGGAAGCCACCGAACCUCUAACCACAGUCCCCCAACUCCGCAUCGGAGCCCUGUGCUGGGUGAGCGAGCGGGGGACAUGCGGAGAGGAGACCUGGGAGUUGCUGGGGAUGCCAUGAGGAGGCAGCAACACCAUUUGGACCCAAGCUCAGCUGUCCGCAAAACCAAAAGAGAGAAGAUGGAAAGUAUGUUAAGGAACGACUCUCUAAGCUCAGACCAGUCGGAGUCAGUGCGGCCACCACCCCCUAAGCCCCACAAAACCAAAAAAGGAGGAAAGAUGAGGCAGGUGUCACUGAGCAGCUCCGAGGAGGAGCUGGCCACCACACCAGAAUACACAAGCUGCGAAGAUGUGGAGAUAGAGAGUGAAUCAGUCAGUGAAAAAGGGGAGAGUCAAAGGGGAAAAAGAAAAACUAUUGAGCAGACAUUUAUGUCCGAGCCGACACACACCUUAUCUGAGAGGCAAAAGAAAAUGGUGCGCUUUGGUGGACACUCAUUUGAAGAGGACUUGGCAUGGUGUGAACCACAGGUUAAAGACUCGGGAGUUGAUACGUGCAGUAGCACUACCCUAAACGAGGAGCAUAGCCAUAGUGAGAAGCACCCGGUGACAUGGCAGCCGUCCAAAGAUGGGGAUCGCCUAAUUGGCCGGAUCCUGCUCAACAAGCGUAUGAAAGAUGGAAGUGUGCCUCGAGACUCAGGAGCUCUGCUUGGUCUGAAGGUGGUUGGAGGCAAGAUGACAGGAUCUGGAAGACUUUGUGCUUUUAUCACUAAAGUGAGGAAAGGAAGUCUAGCAGACACUGUUGGACACCUCAGACCAGGCGAUCAGGUGCUGGAGUGGAACGGGAGGCUUUUACAAGGAGCUACGUUUAAAGAAGUUUACAAUAUUAUAUUAGAAUCCAAGCCUGAGCCACAAGUGGAGCUGGUGGUCUCCCGGCCUAUUGGAGAUAUCCCAAGAAUACCUGACAGCACACAUGGACAACUGGAAUCAAGUUCAAGCUCCUUUGAGUCUCAGAAGAUGGAUCGUCCAUCGAUCUCCGUCACGUCCCCUAUGAGUCCCAGCAUGCUUAGGGAUGCCCCCCAGUAUCUGUCAGGACAGCUCUCAAGCCAAAGCCUUAGUAGAAGAACAACGCCUUUUGCCCCUAGGGUUCAGGUCAAACUAUGGUAUGACAAAGUGGGUCACCAGCUAAUAGUCACCAUUUUGGGCGCUAAAGACUUGCCACCCAGGGAAGAUGGUCGGCCCAGGAACCCUUAUGUCAAAAUCUACUUCCUCCCUGAUAGAAGUGACAAAAGCAAGAGGAGAACAAAAACAGUAAAGAAAUCCUUGGAGCCCAAAUGGAAUCAGACCUUCAUGUAUUCACCGGUGCACCGGAGGGAGUUUCGAGAGCGCAUGCUGGAGAUCACAUUGUGGGACCAAGCCAGGGUCAGGGAGGAGGAGAGCGAGUUCUUGGGAGAGAUCCUUAUUGAGCUGGAGACGGCUCUUUUAGAUGACGAGCCUCACUGGUACAAGCUACAAACACACGACGUGUCAUCCAUCCCACUUCCACGUGCCUCCCCAAAUGCACAGCGCAGGCAGCUUCAUGGAGAGAGUCCCACACGGCGGCUGCAAAGAUCCCAGAGGAUAAGCGACAGUGAGAUAUCAGACUACGACUGUGAAGAUGGAGUAGGAGUUAUAACAGACUAUCGGUCAAAUGGAAGAGACUUCCAGAGCUCCACAUUGUCUGUUCCUGAGCAGGUGAUGUCGUCCAACCACUGCUCUCGAUCAGCUGAAAUAAACCGGGCGCGGUCGCGCUCUCCAAGUGUUCCUCCACCUUCCAGCCAUUUUCUCACCUUACCUCGAACCAGACAUAUUCAACCCAUUGAUCGUCAUCAAAAGGACCCCAGGAACUACGGCGCCAUGGACAGACACGAGUUUCACAGCAGGUCCCGCUCUGCAGACCAGCGGCCCACUGUAGAGCGCCUCACAUCCCGCUCACGCUCCUCUGAACGCCCCCACGACUCGUCACUCAUGAGGUCGAUGCCGUCUCUGCCAUCUGGGAGGUCCGCACCCCCCUCACCUGCCAUGACGAGGGCACAUCCUCGUAGUGGAUCAGCUCAGACCAGUCCCUCUAGCACUCCAAUGUCCAGUAGACGAGGGCGACAACUCCCACAGCUUCCACCCACAGGAAAAGACAGAACGAUCAGGCAGAGAUCCACGAGGCUCAGACAACUUGUCCGCCAAGUCGUCUGACAGUGAUGUAAGUGACGUGUCCGCUGUAUCGAGAACUAGCAGUGCCUCUCGGUUCAGCAGCACGAGCUACAUGUCUGUCCAAUCAGAGAGACCGCAAGGAAGCCGCAAGAUCCGGCAGAUGGGCUCGUCCGGGGGAGUGAACAUGACCAAGAGCACAAGCGUCAGCGGCGACAUGUGUAACCUGGAGAAGACGGAUGGCAGUCAGUCAGACACGGCAGUCAGCACGGUAGGCACUGACAACAAGAAGAGGCGCUCCAGCAUCGGUGCCAAAAUGCAGGCCAUGGUUGGCAUGUCGCGCAAGAGUCGGAGCACCUCUCAGCUCAGCCAAACAGAAGCGGGAGGUAAGAAGUUGCGGAGUACCAUCCAGAGGAGCACAGAGACGGGCUUGGCGGUGGAAAUGAGGAGCAGGAUGACUCGGCAGGCCAGUCGGGAGUCCACAGAUGGCAGCAUGAACAGCUACAGCUCUGAGGGAAAUCUCAUCUUCCCCAGCGUGAGGCUCUCCUCAGAUUCUCAGUUCAGCGACUUCCUGGAUGGACUCGGUCCCGCCCAACUGGUUGGACGCCAGACUUUAGCUACUCCAUCGAUGGGAGACAUCCAGAUAGGUAUGGUGGAGAAAAAAGGAGCCCUGGAAAUGGAAGUCAUUAGAGCACGUGGUCUUGUAGGAAAACCAGGUUCCAAGGCACUGCCAGCACCAUAUGUAAAAGUCUACCUUUUGGAAAACGGAGCCUGCAUAGCCAAAAAGAAAACUAAAGUAGCAAGAAAAACAUUGGAUCCUCUUUACCAGCAGCAACUGCCGUUUGAGGAGAGUCCAGGGGGGAAAGUUUUACAGGUCAUCGUUUGGGGUGACUAUGGGCGUAUGGACCAUAAAUCCUUCAUGGGAGCAGUUCAGAUACUGUUAGACGACCUGGACCUGUCCAACAUGGUGAUUGGCUGGUACAAGCUCUUUCCUCCUUCCUCUCUGGUGGACCCUACUCUGGCCCCACUGACAAGAAGAGCUUCCCAAUCUUCACUGGACAGUUUCUCUCGAUCAUAGCAGCAUGUGGACUAAUAGCAAUGGUGUAGCAGCCAGUGUUGCAGCAACAGGUCACAAGCCCCGGUUACACUGCAUGCUUGAUGUUGUGUCUUCUGAGCCUGUUUCUCGGGGCACAAACGUGAUCCUGUGUUUUAAGCAAAAACGUUGCGCACAUUGUGCACGUGGCAAAGUGUGUUGCAAGCACCUAGCAACAAGGAUUGCCAGGUAUUGUCAUUUGGAGGAAGCUGGGAUGAACUCCUUAGCACGAGGAACGCAUCAGUUCCAGGUUUCCUUCCAAUUCGAAGCCAUGGGGUCAGCACUGGGAACCACUGAACGAGUUCUACAGGGACCCUUUUCGAAUGAAAAAAAUCUACUUUUUGUUUUGUCUUUUUUGUUUGUUUGUUUGUUCAUUUCUGUUCAUUUUAAUGUACCUGUAUCUUAUGGGGGUGACAGUGUUUCUAACCAGAUGCUUGGUCACACCAUGCCAACAGACCGAGCUAUGUAAAUGCAGCUUUGGAGACCACCACUUUGAGAGAGGGGUAUUUAUUAUACUCCUCUAAAAUGCAGGGGACAUGCAGUACGUGCUCAAAGUUUUUGAGCUGAUAAAUCGAUCGAUCAGGGGCAAUACUGAAGUGGCCACGAUCAACCCUCCAGAAUAUUCAGUAACAAUCCAACCCCAUGAAAAAAAGUACAAUCUUUAGUAGUAUUUAUUUGUUGAUAUAUUGUAUGAAAAUCAAAUGAGGAAAAAAAAGAAGGUAUUUUUCUUGUUUAGUUGAUUUGCAUGGGCACAAACGUAGCUGAAUAAAAAGAAGAAAUUUAUUUUCUUGAGGCUGCAACUUGCAAAAAAAAAAAAAAAAAGAACAAUAAA